AUGGGACCAGCACCUGGCUGCUGUGUGUUGCAGUUGGCUGAAAAUGAGGACCCAGUGCAUUGGAGAAUCCCUACAAGUAUUUACCACCACCGUGCCUACCCUGCACUGUCUGAGGACCAUGUGAGAAGGGAGGCAGGCAAAGCAUUUGCUAAUGAGGUAGAAGACCCAACAAAAAACUCAGCUGUUACUUAUAGGAGAGAAAACAGUGAACAAGGCUCUCAGGCAGGCCUUUUACCAGACACCAGUGAAGACACAGCAGACAAAGAAGACCUAGUGCAUGCUGUAGUGAAAUUACAUGCUGUUCUGUCUGCUUCACCUGCUGAUCUGAAUUGCUUUUUGGAAGAGAUGAUAGCUGUGUUAGAUACCAACUCUCAUAUACCACAGUCAAGCCCUGGUGAUGAGCGACCAUCAUAUGCACUUCAUUUGUCGGGAUGUGGAACAGUUUCAGCAGAAGGCUUGAAUGUAGACACACGAAUGAUGUGUGCCAAAACUGUGUUCACUCUGAUAGACUUCCUGUGGCGUUUUAUGCGAGAGUGGAUUUCUGCCUAUUACUUGUCUUCUACACAAAAAGAUGAUCCUGUUUAUAAUGCUGUUAAAGCAUUCAUCAAUCAAAUUUCUGCCCUUAAAAUUGCAACAUCUAAUUUUGAAUGUGCGGAGUAUCCACGGGCUUUGAUGUAUCUGGAAAUGUUCAUCAAAGAGAAUCCUCAGCAGUUUCAAGAACAAUUGUGGCUCUUUAUGAAAAUAUAUGCACGUUUGAAUGAACCAGAUGCUGUCCACGGUAUAAUGGCAACGAGAGAGCAGGAGCCAUCCCUUGAAGAACUGAUAAUUGCUCAUGAAGUUACUGGACAGUUACAGGAUGCUGUGGCUUGUUACGAACGCAUGGCACAAGAUGAGAGAAGAGGUCCAGAUUUCUAUAAAGGGAUGGUACAGUGUUAUCUUGGACUGGAUCAACCCAUCACUGCACUUAGAAUUGCACAAGGAAUUGUUUCAGAAAGGCCAGAAAUGGCGCCAGCAAUGCAGGAAUUUGAAGCAGAAGCGUUCUGGCGACUGCACAUGUUUGAUGACUUGGGAAGUCUGCUUUCAUUGCCUGAUAUUGCAGAAAACAUGUCAUGGGGGGUGCAGAUUGGCAGAGCACUGCUCCAUUUCCAGGCUGGCAGAAGUAAUCCGCUGUAUAAGCACCUCGAGGGCAUGAGGAAGGAGCUGCUUGAUGGAAUGGGAACAGUCUCCCUCGAGAAGGGCUCUUAUCAAGAAGAGUACCAGAACAUUAUCAG